AUAGAAAUUUCUGGUGGUUAAGUUAAACCUGAAAAGCCACGUAAUGAAAAGCACUCCAAACACAUGUUUUACUUCAGUAAAAGAAAAGCGUUUCAAACCCUUUGUCGAUCAUCUGGAAGAGGAACUAACACUCGCCGCUUCUGUCUCCUGAUUGCUUCAUCAUAUAAUCUUAUUUGAUUUUAUACGUUGCUUUCAGAAUCCUUCUUCAAACACUCUCCACCGAAAUUUAAUAUUAUACUGGAUGGGAAAAUGGACCUGAAUGUUAUUUUGAUUCAGUCCACAAUAAAGUCAAGGAAAUGCCUCGCAAAGUAUCAUAUGGAGUUGAUUUUGAUGAAGAAUGAACAUGAAACUGCUUGGGAAGCUCCUGUUACAAAAGAAGAAAUCGUGCAGAAAAAUGUUUGGAGUUGUCCCAUUUGUACAUAUGAUAAUGAGGAAUAUAUGUCUUCAUGUGAUAUAUGUGGUGUUCUUCGCAACCCUUUAAUCAAAAGCUCAAACAAUGGCCAAUCAAGUACAGUUGAUGGCAUAUGCACAAACUUUGGAGCAUCGAUGAUGGCAAAGUCUCUUUUUACAUCCUUGCCAUAUGAGUCACCAAGAGGGGGUGUAACUGUAAACUUUCAACCACAGAAAGAUGCUUCUUCAAGAAAAGAGGACACGUUCUCUCACGUGCAUGGAAAAUUCCAUGAUUUACAUAAUGCCAUUAUCUCUGAAAAAUCUUACAAGGUUAACAUAGCCCCUUUCAAGUUUGAUACCCCAUCUCCAGAUGAUGUUGUUUCUUUGGGGUUGAAGUCUUACAAAAUAGGUUCCAAAGUUGUACCCAACUUAGAGAAACCAUCCACUUCUGAUGCUCCUUCCAACAAGAAGAUGGAAAAUACCAACUUGAAGUCAAAUGCUAAAUCUUCCAACAAAUCACCACCAUUGAUUUCAAAAGAUAAACCACAACACAUGGAGAAUAACAACAUUCCACAAACACAUAACAUUUCUACCGAAUUGAACAACAUGACCAUGAGUGGCGAAUCUGGAACUUCCAAAAUUGCAAACAAGGGUAAAACGGGUAAAACUGCAUCUCGCUCACAGUAUAAACCUGAGAAGUGGAUGCUACUUGAUGAAGGAGAAGAUCGUCUGAGUCAGCUAAAUCUUGCUAUUGUUGGGCAUGGGAAAGGUUCGUUUGCUUAUGCAUGGGCAUUAGAUGAGAGUGUUGAAGAACGAGAAAGGGGGAUAACAAUGACAGUUGGAGUUGCUUUUUUUAACUCAAAGAAACACCAUGUUGUGGUGUUGGAUUCACCAGGGCAUAAAGAUUUUGUCCCAAACAUGAUAUCAGGUAUUGAUAGUGCAGGAGGUCAAACACGGGAACACGCACAGCUGAUUAGAAGCUUUGGUGUUGAUCAAAUCAUUGUUUCUGUCAAUAAAAUGGACGCUGUUCAAUACUCCAAGGAAAGGUUUGAUCAUAUUAAACUUCAACUUGGGGUUUUUCUUCGUUCUUGUAAUUUUAAAGAUUCUAAUGUCACGUGGGUCCCGUUGAGUGCCAUGGAAAAUCAAAACUUGGUUGCUCCUCCUUCUGAUGCUCGAUUGCUUUCCUGGUAUAAGGGAGGUAGUUUGUUGGAAGCCAUAGAUGCUCUUCAACCUCCUGCUAGAGAAUAUUCUAAGCCUUUAUUGAUGCCUAUUUGUGAUGUCAUCAAACUCCCAUCUCAAGGUCAGGUAUCUGCAUGUGGGAAGUUAGAAUCUGGAGCUCUUCGAAAUGGAACAAAGGUUAUGAUUCUGCCAUCUGGAGACAUUGGAACAGUUCGAUCAUUAGAACGUGAUUCACAGGCAUGUAGCAUUGCAAGAGCUGGAGAUAAUGUAGCUGUUACUCUACAAAAUAUUGAUGCAAAUGUUGUGAUUUCGGGUGGUGUAUUGUGUCACCCUGAUUUUCCAGUGUCAAUCACAAACCAUUUGGAGCUGAAGAUUCUUGUUUUGGAUGUCCAAACACCAGUUUUAAUCGGCUCUCAGUUGGAGUUUCAUAUACACCAUGCAAAGGAAGUAGCAAGAGUUGCAAAGAUUGUGUCUUUGCUUGAUGCAAAAACAGGGAAGGUUACUAAGAAGUCACCAAGAUGUCUCUUAUCCAAACAAACUGCCAUAGUUGAGGUAAUGCUUCAAGGAGAAGUUUGUGUGGAUGAAUUCUCAAGUAGCAGAGCUCUUGGGAGGGUGUUUCUGAGAUCAUCAGGGACAACUGUUGCUGUUGGUGUGGUAACCAGAGUUAUAGUAGAUGACCAGAGUUAGUUAUAUUAUCAUAUUUAUUUAUGGUAUAACUAGUGUAGUAGUUGUCGUGUCUCAUUUUGACCACUUUGACUUGAUACAUGCCCUUAUAAGUUAAAACAAGUUGCAUGCGGAAAUGUUUUGUAAGUUGUGUUGAGUGUAUACAAUUUUGUAUCCAUCAGGCAGUUUGACUA